AUGAAGACCGUUGCGUGCGCGUGUCCAAGCGAAACCAGCUUUGGUGAAGUACUGGCAGCGCUUGUGGCCCCGAAUGGAGAGAGAACGCCCCUUACCGAUGACUGCAUAGCUCGCAUGGUGUCAAUAGGUGCCGGAGGAGAGCCAGUUCUCCACUUGGUGGUGCUGGGUCGUGUGGGCGACUAUUUUUCGCAGACGUGUCCGUUAGAGGCUGGGUGCCCACUGGACGUCGACGGGCUGUUUGAGUGGUGGAGGAGGAUGUGCGUUUACCACCCGGAGAAUGAGCCAUAUGCGUCAGUUAAGGCCGCCAAAGGCAUCGAGCGUGCGCUUGCCGGCGUCCUUGCGAAGCACCUUGAGGGUGAAGACUCCUCUACGGUUGAGGGGGUAUGGCUAGAGGCGUUCAACACGAAACCUUCGGAGCAGCAGGCUGUAGACAUAGAACACGAUGCCGCAGACGCAAAAGAGUUGGAAGUCCUUUGUGCAAGAUUGUUGACACCAGCGGAACGGAAGCACCUCUUACCGCAAGUGCCAGCCAGCUGGAUGCUUGCUAUCGACCGGUCGGUCUUCUCGGAGGAGAGUAUUGACGUACCCGAGAAAAUUCAACCAUGGUGGCGGACCACCAAGUGGCGCGUGGGACUUGUUGGAGGCGGAGUCGUGGCCAUUACCACACUCGCAUGCGUGCUCUCGACUACAUUGAGAGCCGAUACGGAAUUGGUGGUUCCGGACGACAAUCUCUCCGAGGUGGAGUUAUCAUCGUUGCAAACGUCAUUGGACGUUUGCAGCAGGGCGUUCAAGGAGACGGCGCAGCGGAUGCAACCGGUGGAAAACACUAACUGGGCAGUACUGGGAGUGUGCGAUGGCUAUGGUGGCCGAUUAGUUUGUGCGGAUCGAGAGCAUAGCCAAGAUCCCUUUUGUCAUUCCUUCGGUCUUCCGACAAAGUUCGAUUUGGCUGACGUGGGCAAGGCGAUCGAGCGUUACCGCGCGCCGCACACGUGUGCGAUCCACUGUAACACCUUGGAAGAAGGUGUAAGUCUUGUCCAACAGAGGACCGCAUUAGAGCUUGCUCCCACCAUUCUGGGGGCAAACGUGACCAAUCUGGGACCCGAUGAACUGGAGGAAUUGGGUAACCAGAUUUGGCAGAAAUUCAAGCAAGGCCCGGAAUGUUUGCAAACGUGUUCCCACAAUGAUGAGUGCCCGAUGGCUCGAUUCAGAGAACCAAUCGUAGACUGCAACUGUACCAUGUCAACUACCGAAUGUACAGGGCAACGGGACAAUCUUGUUAGGCAAGUUGUCCUGUUUGACUUUAAGCCGCAAGCAGAAACCGCGUUGGACACAGAGGUGUUGAAGACGUUCGUGCGCCGACAUGCGUUCGAUGAGUGCUCUGUGAAAUGCUGGGCUUCCGUAGAAAAUGAGGACGUGGAUUAUAUUGACGAAGAGGAUUAUAUUGACGAAGAGGAUUAUGUUGAUGAGUCUACUUCCGAACGGCCGCCGAUGCUUAAUACAACUACCUCCGAGUCGCCAGCGACAAUUAAGAGCACUACCAUGGAGCCGCUGAUACUUGACGGCGAUCUUUCCGAGGUGGAGUUAUCCUCGUUGCAAACGUCGUUGGACGUUUGCAAGCGGGCGUUCAAGGCCACGGCGGAGC